AAAAAAAUGGGGAAUUAAAUGGCACAUUUGCUGUGGUGCCAUGAUCUCCUCUGUAAUUGAUUUGAUUAUUCAUAUUCACGGGGCUUGGAGUGAGAUAAAAAUAAAUAAAUAAAAAGUUUGGAUUUUUUACGAAGUGGUCAUAAUCCAAUUGAUUAAUGGCUGAAUUCAAGAUUACUAUGUUUGAAUAUUUCAAUGGGGAAAUCCCGAGAAAUAGAACAGCGGCAAAUAAAGCUUUCUAUGUUUAUAAACUAAUUACAAAGAAGUCCCUUAGAGAAGGAUUAAGGAAUCUGCGAGAAAUCGAGACGCUGAAGAAGACGAAGAAGAAGAGCAACAAUAACAGCCAUGUCUUCACCGAGCAAACGCAGGGAGAUGGACCUGAUGAAACUGAUGAUGAGUGAUUACAAGGUGGAGAUGAUCAACGACGAGAUGCGAGCAUUUUACGUUCGAUUCCAUGGACCCACUGACAGUCUUUAUCAGGGAGGUGUCUGGAGGAUAAGAGUUGAAUUACCAGAUUCUUAUCCAUACAAAUCUCCAUCUGUAGGAUUCGUCAACAAGAUUUACCACCCAAAUGUGGAUGAGAGUUCCGGUUCAGUAUGUCUGGAUGUGAUAAAUCAGACAUGGAGCCCCAUGUUCGACCUUGUGAAUGUGUUCGAGGUGUUCCUUCCACAACUUCUUCUGUAUCCAAACCCAUCAGACCCAUUCAACGGAGAGGCUGCAUCACUGAUGAUGCGAGACCGUGCCGCCUACGAACAGAAAGUGAAAGAAUACUGUAAGAGAUAUGCCAAACCAGUAGACAUUGGAGCUGCAUCCGAGGAAAACUCAAGUGAUGACGAGAUGAGUGAAGAUGGGUCCGACUCUGAUGACGAUGAAAUGGUCGGCCAAGCCGAUCCUUGACACUUUGAUUCAUCCUCCAAUGCAUUGACCUGACUCUACUAUGAAAGCUUCUUCUGCAUUUGUUAUUUCAAUUGUUCAUAUCCCAAUAAUAGUACAUAAGAAAAAAUGGAGAGGCUACUCUCCUCUCCUCCGCUAUGUAAAUAAUUUCAAACCCCAUUCACGAGGAAGACCACAACUUCCUCCAACUGUAAAUAAACGUUACAUUGCCUUUUUA